AUUGACAUCACAUAUGGACACUCGCAGAACGAAGUACUACGAGGACAGGGAUGUGUUCCACUGUAUGGACAGUUCGGAGAGCGGCGACACAGAGGGCAUCGACCCGUCGGUGAUUGACCUGAAACUGGACGAUCUGGAAUCGGUCACCACUCUGGGCAUCGGGGGCUUUGGCAAAGUAGAUCUCGUCCGCGUCCGACACAAACGGUCCCAAGUGUUUGCCCUCAAGUCGUGCGCCAAAGCGUUUGUCCGGUCGACACGACAGGAGCAGCACAUCAACAACGAGCGCAUUGUCCAGAGAGUGGCCUCAAGGCAUCAGUUUGUGGUCAAACUCUAUCGCACGUUCAAAGACGACCAGUCGGUCUACUUCUUGCUGGAGGCCGCUCUCGGCGGCGAACUCUGGACACUAUUGAGGCACCGCGGCGCGUUUGAAGAGAUUUCAGCCCGAUUUUACGUUGGGUGCGUUGUGGAGGCGCUCCAGUACCUACACUCCCAUCAGAUUAUUUACCGAGAUUUAAAACCGGAAAACUGUUUGUUGGAUCAAACUGGUUACUUAAAAAUCACAGAUUUUGGUUUUAGUAAAUUAUUAUGCGCGGGUGAAAAAACGUGGACAUUUUGCGGUACACCCGAAUACGUGGCCCCAGAGAUUAUACUAAACAAGGGUCACGACCAGGCCGUCGACUUCUGGUCGAUCGGCAUUUUGCUGUACGAACUGUUGACCGGAAUGCCUCCGUUUACAUCACCGGAUCCGCUGAAGACAUAUAAUAUAAUACUUCGCGGUUUCGACGCCAUCGGCUUCGAAGAGGCCAUCUUCUCGAAAAACUGCGUGAAUCUGAUCCGUCGAUUGUGUAAAGAGAAUCCCAGCGAACGAAUCGGUGUCCAGAAGAAUGGCUAUUCGGAGCUGAAGAGUCACAAAUGGUUCUCCGGCUUCGACUGGGAUCAGCUGAUCCGGCGGGCGAUCAAACCGCCGAUUGUGCCCCGACUUAACAGCUCGACUGACACUCACUAUUUCGAUGUGACGCCCGACCAGACCCUCAAAGAGGCCGAGUUUGACGUGAAGGACAGUUCAUGUGAUUUGGACGCCGAUUGCGAUCAGAGUUGGGAUAAAUAUUUU